AUGGCCAAAAUAUCUGCAGAAAGAAACGGAAAAAUGGAGGUGGGACCAAGGCGUUCUGAGCGUCUGCGGAAAACAGAGCCACAGUCAAAGAGGCUUCAGCACAAGGUGGCCCAGAUCAAAGAGAAAUCAGAGCGUUUAGCCUUGCUGGAGCUGGAUUUCGUGCUGGAGAAGGAGCGUCAAGAUGAUGCAUCCGAAAGUGAGGAGGAGCCAGAGAAACCGCGGCGGCGGGGCGAAAGGGCAUCGUCGCGACAAGCCAAAAAGCGCCGAUCCCGGCGUUUUACAUUCAGGGAGUUGGCGGAAUUGGUCUCUGCAGAGGGGACGCCAAACUUCUUUAGCUGCGAGGUAGGUCCAUCCAUGUGGCCGAAACGUCUCCGGUGUCACUGCUUGAAGUGGGCGAGGUACAAAUGUCCUCGGUGUCUUGGGCCUUUCUGCAGCCUCGAGUGCCAGAAAGCUCACAAAGAGGUGCUCUGCAAAUGA